GUUCGUGAGCUCGUGUCUCAACUCAACUCCCUUCGGCACAUUUGGAGUACAGGAGGACACACCCGAAACCGCUGCGGACUCUCUUUGGAAAAGCGCGAGGUGAAAACACGAGCCGAGAUGACCUCAUUCGUGUGGAUCGUGGUUCUGGCCAGUCUGGUGGCAACUCAUGCCCAAGAGCUGGAUCUAUUAGAUGCCUUAGGUGAUGAUGACACGCCCACAGAGAAGCCAAAGGUGCCCGUGGUGCCCGAACCAGAAGCACCCAAAAACCCAGAGAUGGAUCUAUUAGAUGCCUUAGGUGAUGAUGGUGGACUUGAAGGAUUUGAUUUGUCAGAUGCGCUGGGUCCAGACCCUAAGCCAGACAAGCCUGCUGUGGUGCCCCCUAAAGAAGAAGGAACCGGCGGAGAUACAGGUGGAUUUGACCUCAAUGACGCCUUUGGAGAGGCAGACAACACUCCAGCUGACCCCAAGAAACCAGACCCAGGCACCGGUGGAGGAGAUGGAGGAUUUGAUUUAGGAGAUGCACUAGGUGGUCCAGACCCUGAACCAGAGAAGCCUGCUGUGGUUCCCCCUAAAGAUGGAGGCACAGGGGGCGGAGACUUCGGCCUUGAUGACCUGAGCGAUGUUGCCGGGGGAAACGACUACAAGCCAGAAGGAGGCAAAGGAGGAGGAAGAGCAGCUGAUUCCGGCUACAAUGAUAAUCCUAGUGACCAUCCUCACGACCAGCCUGCAGAGGCGAACCAGGGCCCGAUGGCGGGCAUCCUGAGUGCGGUGGGCGUGGCUAUCUUGGGCGCAGCCUCCAGCUACUUCGCCUACCAGAAGAAGAAACUCUGCUUCAAAAUACAAGGAGGCCAAGACCCAGAGAGUGGAAAAACUCACCAGGGUACUGAGUCUGAACCACAAGUUCUCAGUAACCUCCUGAGGACCUCCUAGUUCUGGAGCUUGAACGUUGACCCCUGAGAGUCACCUGUGACCCCUAGGAUCCACCUGUGACCCCUAGCGUCUGCCACCUCCCCUCUGCUCCGCUCCGCUCCGUAUGGGGGUUGAAGAUCUCUGCACGAGCUCUUGGGUCCUGUACUGACCAGCUGCUUCAGGAGUAAUGCAGGUCCCUGUUUCUCAACAGUGUUGUUGCUAACUAGUUAGCAACUUAGUAAGUUGCCUAUGGGAAAUUGCAUUGCAACCAAGUAAGUUGCUAA